AUGGACUAUAAGCUAGGGUUCCUGGACCUUCCCACGGAAGUACGUCAAGUCAUCCUUCAGCACGCCCUCAAGCAGACAGGUCGCGAUGCCUAUGACCAGCCACUCUUCGCCGUCCAUACUAUAGUUCGUGCUGAAGCUCUUGAGGCCUUCUACAAAGCCAACACAUUCUUGUGGAUAAUCGACCACUGCGGUACCCUAUUUCGCAGUGACCCGGUCGGGUAUCCAGGGAUGGGAACUCAGCCCGAGUGGUGGCAGCCAAACCACGAGAGCGAGACUGCAACCACUUAUGGGGUGACAGUCGCUGUACCGUGGCUCUAUCCGGAUCUCAAGAAACAUCUUCGUCACCUGCAGAUCAACAUUACCCUGCCUUCAAUUUCCAUCCGGGAGGAAGCAGAGGCGACAGAAACUUGGUCCAGACUACGAGUGACUAUCAGACAGUUGAUCGAAGCACUUGAUCAUGGCAGAACACUGGAUACGUUAGGCAUCCUCUUCACAGCUUCUCGGCAUUUCAACGGCCGUGUACCACUCAUGAGCCAGCAGCUGGAAAUAUUGGAGCUGUUGGCAGAGUUUCAAGUACGGCACCGGGUUAGCGUCAGUACUAGGCUGGACUUCAAGGAGGCGGCUCAAAGUGUACGCAGCCUGAACCUGGAGAAGCGCAUGGUAGCCCACCAUACAUAG